CGUAAAAGUCAAAUAGAAUUUUUUCGCUUCGACGCAUUUUAAUCAUUCAUGUUUUAAUUAAGAAAACCAUUACUUUUUAAUUUGAAUGCUUGUUGUGAACAUUUACAACAGGUUAUAUUUCAACCAUGGAUCGAGUUAUAAUCGAGAAAGACAAGGUUAUUGCUCCCGACGUGGCUUUAAACGCUGUACUCCAACCUAGUCAAGAAUUACCUGCCGAAACUCCUAUAGUUACUGGAUAUGAUUGGGAACACGGGACAGACUACAACAAACUACUGGAGAGCUACGUGAACUCCGGUUUCCAAGCCACAAGUUUCGGUAAAGCUGUUGCGGAAAUCAAUAAAAUGCUCAAAUGUCGAUCAGUAGCCUUGACAGAAGAAACUAGCGAUCCGUAUGAAGAGGAUGUUUUUAUCAAGAAGAAAACUAAUUGCACUAUAUUCUUGGGCUACACUUCUAACAUGAUAUCCUCCGGUUUGAGAGAUACGAUCAGAUUUCUUGUGAAAAAUAAACUUGUUGACUGUAUUGUUACUACAGCCGGUGGUGUUGAGGAAGAUUUUAUCAAAUGCCUCGCUCCUACUUACGUUGGUGACUUUAAUUUGAGCGGAAAAUCUUUAAGGAUCCGUGGAAUUAACAGGAUUGGGAAUCUCUUAGUGCCAAAUGACAAUUAUUGUCGUUUUGAAGAGUGGGUCACUCCACUCUUGGAUGAGAUGCUGGAUGAACAGAUUAGGGAAGGGACGGUGUGGUCACCGUCUAGAAUAAUUGCGAGGCUCGGUGAGAGGAUUAACGAUGAAAGCUCUGUAUGUUACUGGGCGUGGCGGAAUAACAUUCCAAUAUACAGUCCGGCUCUAACGGAUGGUUCAUUGGGCGAUAUGAUGUAUUUCCACUCUUACAAGCGGCCUGGUCUUGUAAUUGAUAUUUUAGGAGACCUAAGAAGACUAAACACUAUGGCAGUGAAGGCUAAUAACACGGGCAUGGUUAUUCUUGGUGGUGGAGUUGUCAAACAUCAUAUUUGUAAUGCGAAUUUAAUGAGAAACGGAGCUGACUUUGCUGUAUAUGUUAAUACGGCUAGUGAAUUCGACGGAAGCGAUGCUGGGGCAAGGCCCGAUGAAGCAGUUUCUUGGGGAAAAAUCAAACCUAAUGCAACACCAGUGAAGUUGUAUGCUGAUGCUACUUUGGUAUUUCCAUUGAUUGUCGCUCAGACAUUUGCUAAGCAUCAUUUCAGUAAUAAAAAGAAUGUGUAAAUAACAA